UUUCUUGAUGUCGAUAUUUCAUAAUGGCAUUUUAAGAACCAUGAAGGCUAAUUAUACUGUAGAAGAAGGGGAUUUAAGGGUGAUCAGACCAUUUGUCUAUGUCAGAGAGAAGGAUUUGAGAAUGUUUGCUGAAAAUAACAAACUUCCAGUCAUUGCAGAGAACUGUCCUGCAUGUUUCGAGGCGCCAAAAGAACGUCACAGAAUCAAACAGCUUCUAGCAUCGCAGGAAAUCAUGUUUCCACGGAUAUUUUCUAGUUUAAUGGCAGCAAUUAAACCAAUCAUGGCAAUCAACAAAACCCAGAUGAAAGUGACAGACUUCUUUAAACUAGAUAAAAAUAAUUCAGAUGACGAUUUCGAUAUCUAAUAUUUUGUGCUAAAAAGUAUUGUAUUAAUGUGGAAAUAAAAACCAAAAUACAUCAAAGCAAAAAAAAAUUUUUCAAUGAAAUUUAUGGUUUAAGA